GCCACAGUCACUGUCACAGAAAGUGUUAACUCCUCAUUCUUUAACUAUUUGGGGAAAUGCCCUCAACAAUCACUAACUUGUUUGGAUUUGAACUGGGUCUUUGCUCUGCUUCGUCCUGAGGCAUCAGAAUUGUCAAAAUGUGCUCAAGAUAUUUGGGAUUUUUUCUUCUGGUUUGGUUUCCAGGAGCACUACACGCACAAAGUGCAGCUCUGCAGUGUGCUGCUCCCUCACUGGACCGUGGUUAUUUCGUCCCUGUUAAAGAAACGUAUUCUCAUGACUCCAAGCUCACCUAUGCCUGUGAAAACACACAUAAACCAGCUGUGGAGGGUUGGUGGGCAGAAAGCGUGUGUCAACAUGGCACAUGGUCUCAUACGCCACGAUGUAUAGAGGAAAAAGCCUGCAUUCCGCCAACUAUUGCCAAUGCAAAAUACACAGAGGCCUCAGAAGGUUGGUACGAGGAGGGAAACAUCAUCAGGAUCACAUGUGACAAAGGAUAUGAACACAAAGACAACAUCGCAACAGCCAAAUGUAUAAAUGGGACGUGGUCCUCUUUGCCCAUGUGUGAGAGAAGUAUGUCCGCCUGCAGUGAGCCUCCCAAAGUCCCCCAUGCUGUGAUCACUGGUUUGGACUAUCAGGACUUGUUCGCUGCAGGUUCAGAAGUGCAGUACGAAUGUGAGGAUGGAUACACUAUAGACGGAGUGCACACAAAAAAAUCCACAUACUGCUUAAGUGGACACUGGACUGAAGGCCCCGUCUGCGGCGGAGGAAGAGGACCAGGUACUGAUCUUGGUGGCUCUGCAGUGGGCGGAACAGGUGGAGGGCACACUUCAUCUGCUGGCGGCCGCAGACCAGGUAGUGGACAUGGAGGGACAGGUACUACAUCUGCUGGCAGUGGGACACGGCCUGUGGGUGGAGGAUCAUCAACCAGCUCUGGAACAAAUGAAGAGGAGAUUCAAAAUGCACCAAUUGAAAGCUGUGGAAAACACCCCAGUAUCCCCAAUGGUGAAAUUGUGGACACUAGAGAGAUGUUUUUGAAAUACGCGUGCAACACCUUUUACACAUAUGUGGGUCCAAAGACAGUGGUGUGUCAUUCAGACGGCACAUGGUCAGAUGUGCCCAGCUGCAGAGCUACCUACUGUUCUGUGGACACCCAUCAAUAUCGUGAAUUAUAUUCUGAUGGAGUGAAAUAUGUAAAAGAUGGUGAGGGGCGGAAACUGGCAUGUGUGAAGCUGGACGAAUGGUGGACAGAUCAUUUUUCUGAAGUCCGCUGCACUAAUGGAAGAAUUAGAUUAAGUGAAUGUUGUAGCUGGCUCACAAUAAAGAGCCUUUGCUCAGGCACUUUGAGGAAGAGGAGGUUGCUGCUGCCUUUGGAUUUGCUCACUGAAUGAAAACAGAUGCCAGCCUGGAAAACUGAAGUUAUGACUGUGAUGAUACAUAUGUUGUAACAUUAUAACAUGUCAGCUUUUUCUAAAGCUAUUUCAGGCUUCUCAUAAAUUCCUACAACAAGCUGGAGUUAACUGUUUUUCUGUGGGUUCAAAGCCACACAAAUGACUGGUAGUCGGCCUGGUUAAAACCUGGACUGGAAUCACUUGUCUUUCUAGUAUUGUGUUUUUUCUAAAUCCUCUCCUGAAAUCAACCCAUUCAUUCAUCUUUCUAGUCUGUCACAAGGCUAAUGACACACACGUUCAUUCCCAUCAGAUUUUAUUGAUCAUGACACAAAGUUUGAGAAGUUUCAGAACAGAAUCAAUUCUGUAACAGAUCAUUAAUAUUAACUCAGCUGAUUGACAGACAAUAAAAACAAUAACAGCUGCGACACAAUUUAAAACAGCAACACCUCCUCGAGGUGCAACUGAUACUUUUACACAGGAUUUCUAUUUAAUCCGUCUCUUUCUUCAACUACCCUCUGAAAUUCAAUCAUUUCACAGUUGGAAAUUGUUCAUAAUUGUUUUAAUCAUAUUUCAUAUGAUUUACCAUUUCAAUUAAAUUAAGCUCUAAGCUCUGUGCAGUAUUGAAGGGUCCUCGCACCUUUGUGCAGUGUCUGGGAGGUGCAGUUGCCACGACGUUACAGAUCUGACCACGUACAGGUUUUUAUCAAAAACAUAGAAAUGUGUCCUGUUGUUCAAAGAAAACUAAAAACUUUCGCAAUUUAACAUUGUCAAGAUCUUUAAGAUUUAGUUAAGUAAACUGGAUUAAUUCCCUUGGAAGUACGAGGUGUGGAAAAGGCAAACAAUUUGCAACUUAAAAUAGAAUUUCUCCUGGUGGGUUUAGGGUACGGAUCCACAAGCUUUUUUAUGGUCUCAAACUAAUAGAUGUGCCUCCCAAAUUUCAUACAUCUUGGGCAAAGUUAAGGCAGAAGGCUUCAAUUAUUAAAAUUGUUGGGCGGCGCAAUUAAGCCAUUUUUCUCGCACAUGCGCGGUACAAUAAAAGAUUUUUGGCCAGACGUGAUGCAUGUACAACAAUUUGUCAGAUUUCAAGCAUGUUCAGGUCGUCGAAAAUGCUAAUUGACAAAUCGGUGCAAUCAUCAACUUCUAACACUUAGAUAAUUAGCUCAUAAUUACACUGCAUGAGUAAAAAAAGUUUUUUAAAAAGUACACACAUUACAACGUAAGACCACCCACUUUACAUCUCCUCAGUAGUAAUGUUUGUUAUGUUAUAAUUAACCUGUGAAUAUGUAUAACAUCCAACUUUUCUGCUUUAAAACCAAUAAACCUCUGUAAUGUUU